AUGAAGGGGACACUUCUUCUGUUGGCCUUGCUGGUGAUAGGAGAGCUGGGCUUCCAGACAUCAGAAGCAUGUGUUCCUUUCUUUGCUGGCUUUGCUGGUGUUAUCUCAGGAAGCAGGACAUGGUUGUAUCACGAACUUAGAGCAUUCAAUGGUACUCCUGCGGAAAAGGCGGCCUAUGAAAAAGUCCAGGACUGCUACAAAGAAGGAGGACUUAAAACCAAAGUACUGGAACCGCAGAUUUUGAUUGCUAUACUCUCCACUCCAGAAUGUCUGAAGUUCUAUUCCAAAGAAGCUGUAAGCAAAAUCGAGGGUGAAUUUAUCGAGCUACUCCAAUAUUAG